AUGAUUACAUUGAUUCUUGCAUUUAUUCCCCUGAUUAGUAGCUAUCACAUAGCUCACAACCUUAGCCCACUUGAAGCUACAGUUAAAUGUUCAGCUUAUCAAUGCGCUCCAAGUUCCUAUCCAAUGCCUACAAAUUAUUGCAUUCAAUCUAACAGUGGCAUAUUCUAUCUCAAGCCAUGCACAUCUUCAGGGCAAUAUUGCAAUACUGCAACAGGACAAUGCUCUCUGAGUCCUUCUACAAAUUCUACCAAGUCGUACCCAGGAGAAAGUUGCACUAGUUCAUCUGACUGCCUAUAUGGAAAUUGUAUAUCGAAAGUUUGCAAAGGGUUAAGUGCUGGAGGAGCAUGCUUAACAAGUGACCAAUGCCAGCCUGGACUUUUUUGCAACACUACAAAUAUGUGCCAAACCCAGCUCGCAGCUGGGGCUUCAGGAUGCAGGAAUUCAUAUGAUUGCGUUAACUAUGCAAGCUGCAAUAAAACUUAUAGCACAAAUAAUGGGGUCUGCGUAAAAUAUGCUUCUCUCGGAUAUGGAUCAGUUGUCACUGAUUGUACGGGAGGAUUUUCACAAAUGUGCAGCUCUGCAUACUGCUCCAACAAUAAUUGAAUGGGCACUAUUGGAAUAUGUUUAAAGCCUCCUGCCAGUGUAAAUUCUCUUCCUUAUAAUUGUACGAGUUCUGUACAAUGUCAAGGGUUUAAUGGAACAAACAUAUUUUUGAGUCAAUGCCAAUGUGCCUAUGGCACGACUCAAGCAUCUUAUUGCCAGCCUUUCAUUGGCGAUAUACUUGGGACAAAAUUGAUUAAUUGAUGGGUUUAUGCAUCUAAAAAAUCAAACGGGAAAUGCAACACAGUGACAAGAGGAUCAGACACCUGCUUGAAAAAGCUGAAUUUAUACACAGACAUCACAGAAGCUACUUGGCAAUAUUACAACUACUCACAGAUUCUCUAUAACGAUGCAUGUGUGAAAGAAAUUUAUACUGCCCAAUAUUGGGGGCUUUCACACUCCAAGCUGAUUGAGUUAACUAUGCUGAUAAUUUUAAUUAUUUAA